UCUGUCUCUCUCUCUCUCUCUUCUAUCUCAGAAGUCAGAACUUCUUCAUUUCUAGGGCUCAGAAACACCACCUUGUUUUACACAAAGAAGUUGAAGAAUUGUGGUUGUAAAGAUUUGGAAUUGCACGGUGACACCCUAGGAGUUUUUAGAUGCAAAUUUUUUGUACUUUAGAUUUAUUUUUUUUCCAAUUAACCUGAAAGGUAAGAUGGUUGAUCAAGAUGGGGAUAAUACUGGUAGUGCUGGUGUCACGGGGUCAGUUGGCGAGGCUGUGGAUGGAAAUAUAAACACGAAUGGAUUUGUUGUUCAAUCUGAAAAUGGUCGGACUGCAAAUGGGAAUUUUGCAGGGUCCUCAGGAGAGAGUUUUCAGACUGCAAAUGGGAAUAUUGCGGGGUCCUCAAGAGAGAGUUUUCGGACAUACAAGAGGAGAAAACGUGCCCAAGCAGUUGAAGAUGUAAGGUCUUCAGGGGAUUUGGCUGGUCAAAUUGAAGAAAAGUUGACUAAAGGACUGUGGGAUGUGGAUAAUGAAUGUUGUUCUGCACACGCUGGUGUUGCUGGGACGGGAAUGCAUGUGGGAAUGACUUUUUCCUAUGAUCCCUCACUUAAGCACUUAAGAAAUGUUGUACUGGAGCACAUAUGCAAGUCUUUAAAGGGUGAAGGUGGUCUGGAGGAGUGUAUUCGGGACGCACUUGUGCAUCCUUCAGAAAAUGGCUGCACAUCUGCAGUUAAGGAGUCCGUUCAUUCUUGUGAGGAUGGGAAAAAGUGCUCCUCUCCUUCAGGGCGUCUGUAUGACCGGAUCCAAAAUGCCUGUAAUGGCAUUGAAGGUGCCAUAUUGGAUUCGUCUAUAAAUGAAACUAACAAUUGGAUAGUCACAGAGAGAUGCAAAAGAACUUUUUCUGAUGUUAUCAUGUCUGAAAAGUUUGCCCUUUUGUGCAACAUGCUUCUUGAAAAUUUUCAAGGGAUGAAGGCAGACAAACUUUUUGAUAUUAGCCUCAUGAACUCGCGGAUAAAGGAAGGAGCGUAUGAAAAAUCACCGGUGCUUUUCUUUUUAGACAUUCAACAGAUCUGGACCAAGCUUCAGAAGGUUGGCACAGACAUAGUUGCCCUUGCAAAGGAUCUCUCAGAAAAGUCAAGGACUAUGUACCAUAAACAGAUUGGGGGAUUGAUGCGUGCUGCUUCUGAUGAUGGUGCCAUUGAGUUUGUGACCCAAGAAUCUGACAUGCAUGCUAAAGUGGAGCAAACGGAUGCCUGUGGCAUAUACAAAGUCUGCACCUGCAAGCGAUGUGGAGGCAAAGCCGAUGGAAGAGAUUGUCUCGUCUGUGAUUCAUGCGAGGAGAUGUAUCACGUUGCCUGCAUUGAGCCGCCAAUCAAAGAAAGUCCUCAGAGAAGUUGGUACUGUGCCAGUUGUACUGCUAAGGGGAUUGAAUCACCACAUGACAACUGUGUGGUUUGUGACAGGUUGAAUGCCUCCAGGUCUUUAGUUCAUGAUGGAGUUGAUGAGCUUAGUAAUGCAGAAACACUGGUGGAGUUGGAGGAGAGUUCAAAUGGUUUAACAGAUGAUGAUACUAAUGUUGCAAAAGGGGGUAAAGUUAUUACUCAUUGCAAUGUCUGUAGAAUGGACAUAAAAAAUGGUCAAAAGCUUAAAAUAUGUGGCCAUGCCUUCUGCCCCCACAAGUUUUACCACGCACGAUGCUUGACCAGUAAGCAGUUGGAUUCUUAUGGCCCCCAGUGGUAUUGUCCUUCAUGUCUUUGUAGAGUUUGCCUUGCUGAUCGUGAUGAUGACAAGAUUGUCUUGUGUGAUGGGUGUGAUCAUGCAUAUCACAUCUACUGCAUGCAACCACCACGCAGCACGGUUCCUAGGGGCAAAUGGUUUUGUAGAAGGUGUGAUGCUGAAAUUCGGUCCAUACGCAAGGCUAAAAGGACAUAUGAGAACCUGCAAAGGAGAUUAACCAAGAGACCUGGAGAGGGAAAAACACCUCAUGUAGAAAAGGGGGAAAAAGAGGAGGCUCUAGAAAAAUCUGGUGGUGUGGACAUGCUUUUAAAUGCUGCAAGAACUCUUAACUAUGAGGAAGAUCUGGCUGCUAGGCGGGUAAAAAUCUGACUGUUUGGACAACCUCCCUUGUACACUGUCUCGAGGGAAUUUUGUGAUAGAACUGUAAUUUUCACGUUAUUGAGUAGUUUUGCUGCAUCCUUUGGGCUGCUGGUGUUUUGGAUAGAUCGUAGACUUAGUCAACAAGUUGAUUCUCACUGUGGAAAGGCGCGUAUGGCUCUGCUUAAUGUACAUCCUUGAAUUGCAGUAUGUAAAAGUAGAAUGUUAGCCUGCUCCCUUUUGAAGUGCAUAUUUCUGGGGCAGUCUUUCUGUUUGGCAUCCUAAAAAUCCUUCUUAGGCUCUGCUUGUUAGUGGAUUCUCUCCUUUUCUAAAGUGCCCGGCCUAAGGUAGUAGUUCAUGUUGUUGUAAAAUGAGAGCAUCCCUUGCCUUGAACAUCAAAAGAUCGUUGAAAUGUUUCAAGUAGAUAUUUGAUUUCCGGUUUGUGACA